AUGCUCCACUGUACAAGAAGUCACUGUGGAGACCACACCAGAGGAAGAGGAAGCCCAGGAAGCAAAUUUAAAAGAAAGCUUUUUGUGGUUAAUUUGCCUUGGUCUUUGUCUGUUGUUGAUAUCAAGGACCUUUUUGGCCAAUGUGGGACUGUAUCUGAUGUUGAGAUUAUAAAGCAAAAGAAUGGGAGAAGCAGGGGAUUUGCUUUUGUGACAAUGACUACCGGGGAGGAAGCUCAGGCUGCUAUUGAUAAGUUUAAUUCUUAUGAAGUGUCAGGGAGGAUUAUUGGGGUGGAAUUUGCAAAGCGACUUAGGAGACCUCCUCCUCCACGCCCUCCAGGCACUCCUGUCGAUACCCCUGCAGGAGAGACACGCCAUAAGCUUUACAUUUCUAAUCUUGCAUGGAAAGUGAGAGGUAGUCAUUUGAGAGAAUUUUUCUCCACUAAUUUUGACCCAGUUUCGAGUAGGGUUGUCUUUGAUGGCCCUUCAGGAAGAUCUACUGGGUAUGGGUUUGUUUCAUUUGCCACAAGGGAGGAAGCAGAGGCUGCUAUUUCUGCUUUGAAUGGAAAGGAACUAAUGGGUCGGCCGAUUCGUUUAAAGUUCAGUGAAGAUAAGGCUGAUGGAUCUGGAACUGAAAAGAAAGACGAAGAAAGUUCUGAGAUACAACUUGAAGAGAAAUAG